CACCAUACAAAAACUAUGCUCGUCCAGUCCGUCUAUGCUCCUCCAGUCCAAAUACAUCUCUCUUUCUUUCUUUCUCUGCGAGAACGGAGGAAAGGAAAAAGAUGGAAAGAAACGAGCUCUACAUAAGCGUACCCAAUCUCUUCCGGUGCCCGAUAUCUCUCGACGUAAUGAAGUCUCCCGUUAGUCUCUGCACCGGCGUCACAUACGAUCGCUCCAGUAUCCAGCACUGGCUUGACUCCGGGCACGACACCUGUCCCGCCACCAUGCAGAUCCUCGCCACCAAGGAUUUCGUUCCCAACCUCACUCUCCAUCGUCUUAUCAACCUCUGGGCACAGUCCUCCACUCGCCUCCCUGACUCCGGCAACUCUUCGGUGACGGCGACCACCGUCUCAGAGCAGCAAGUUGAGAUUUGGAUUGAUGAGAUUAAGAAGCCAAGAAUGGAAUCGUUAGUGAAGAUUGUGGAGUUUUUGAGCUAUUCCAACGAGAAUAGAGGAUUUUUGGUACGCUUUGAUGAUCUUUUGGAGGCGAUUGUCGUUAUUUUGAGUAGAGACGGAGUAGAGACUCAGAUUUUGGAGUUGAUUGUUCGGGUUUUGGAUUUGAUGUUACUUGAAAAUGGAGUCAGGGAGAAAGUGCACAGAUUAGUCCUCACGAGCAAUGAAAAUUGCUUAUCUUCGUUUCUUUUGGUUAUCCAAAAUGGAAAAUCCCACUCGAAAAUCCAAGCCGUUAGAGUUCUGGAGUCAAUUUCGAUAAAUAACGAUUCGAAACGCUUCGUCGCAGAAACACAAAAUCUCAUGCCAGUUCUUUUCCAUCUCCUCAAAGCAGAAAACGAUCCAGCGUUGCACGACGCAGUUUUGUCUCUCUUGAGCUCAAUAGUCAUAACUCGCUCAAUCAAGAAUCAAAUCGUGCAACUCGGACUCGUUCAGGUCAUAUCUAAAACACUCUCAAACAAAAACGCAGCCGUUUCUCUCGUGGAGAAGUCCUUAAAGCUGGCAUCGAUAGUUUCGACGUGCGCGGAUGGUAGAAAAGCGAUAAGCGAUGACCCGAAAUGCGUAGGAUGUAUAGUAGAGAGGUUAAUGAAGGUUUCGAAAACGGCGACGGUGGAUGCUGUAAUGGUGCUAUGGAGUUUAUGCUGUUCAUUCAGGGAUGAGAGGGUGCAGGAGAAGGUUAUGAGGAGCAAUGGUUUGACCAAGUUAUUGCUGGUGAUGCAGAGUGAAGGGGAAGGGAAUGUGAGGAUGAUGUGUGCGGAUUUGGUGAAGGUUUUGAGGGUUGGGUGCAAAGAUGGUGGGGUGGUGAUGAGCUAUCAGACCAAAACGACACAUAUCAUGCCUUGUUAGAUUUGAGAUUGUUUAUGGUGCAAUACUUAUUAUUUAUGAUUUUAGGGAUGUGAAUUGGGAUUUUUGUUGACAUUAACAUACACAAACACACAAGGAAAAAGAAAUGAAAUUCUUUUCUUAGUUUCCUCCU